GACGACGACGUAGACGUCGCAAACAAGUUUGAAAAGAUCCGCACGGUUUUUCCCGUAAAAAUAAUAAAUUUAAACGAUGGGAUAGUUUUUUUUUUAACGGUGUUUGCGUGAUAGUUUUUAGUGAAAUCGACAACGGGAAACAUGGUUUCUAAAGGAACGAAUCUUCUCGGAAAUCGAUAUCGUCAACAUUAAAUCAUGGGAGGUUCCUUCGUCCCGGACGUUAGACACGGCGGCCAUUUUCUCGAAUUCUUAUUGAAAAAUAAUAACGAUUUCCAAGUACACCAAGAGGUUACAACUGCUGUGUACCCUGUAUAUCUCCGCCCAAAUGGUGAAGGAAAUCAUAGUUUAUUAAGUUAUCUAGAUGGUAAUGGAACUCGGUCACAAAAGAGGGAAUUUAAUUCGUUCUAUUUCUAUAAGGCUGAACAAUUCACGAUACUUUGGGUCCUUUUUACUAUGAUUGUUCUCGGAAAUUCGGCCGUUCUCAUAGCGCUUCUAGUUAGCAAAAGUCGGAAAUCUCGGAUGAACUUCUUUAUCAGACAAUUGGCGAUCGCUGAUUUAUCAGUAGGUCUAAUUAACGUUUCGACGGACAUAGCUUGGAGGAUAACAGUCGCGUGGCACGCCGGAAACGUUUUGUGUAAACUCAUCAGGUUUUUACAAGCCGUAGUAACUUAUUCAUCAACGUAUGUGCUUGUCGCCCUUUCAAUCGAUAGAUACGACGCCAUAACUCACCCCAUGAACUUCUCCGGAAGUUGGAAACGAGCCAGAAUGUUAGUAGUACUAGCUUGGAUGGUUAGUAUACUAUUCUCGCUUCCGACGAUAUUCCUUUUCGAGGAAAAACCAAUAGAAGAUAUUCCCCAAUGUUGGAUAGACUUAUUGCAAUGGCAAUGGAAGGUCUACAUGACCCUUGUUGCUUUGGUUUUGUUCGUUAUACCGGCAUUAAUAAUCAGCGCCUGCUACGCCGUUAUCGUAUGGACCAUAUGGACCAAAAGUAAAUUAUUGAUACCAAUGGGUCACAUACCGAUUCGUCAAAGUGAAGAUCUAAGGACGACGAUACCGACGAGAAACUUUCACGAAGAUCACGAUUACCGAAGAGCGAGUUCGAGGGGUAUUAUACCGCGCGCCAAAAUAAAAACCGUCAAAAUGACAUUCGUUAUAGUUUUCGUGUUCGUAGUGUGUUGGAGUCCUUAUAUAAUAUUCGACUUGCUUCAAGUCUACGGCCACAUUCCCAAAACUCAAACUAACAUCGCUAUAGCGACAUUAAUUCAGAGUUUGGCGCCUCUCAAUUCAGCGGCCAAUCCAGUUAUCUACUGUCUCUUUUCUACGCACAUAUGCGGCAAUUUGAGAUGCGGCAAAAUAUUUAAACAUUUGAAAUUCGAUCCGUGCAGAAAUGUGCCGCCGUUCACUUGGUUCACCAACUGUUUGUCGUUAUGUAUGCCGGCGUGUUGUUUGGGUCACGAGGCGGCUUCCUCUUCGGGUAUCGUCACCACGACCGUAACAACUUCUUCGAGGAGAUCGACGUCUGCUACUUCUUUAAGACACACCAUAAGACUGCAACCCGCCGUACAUAACGGACAUAAAGUGGCUAUAUCAGUGGUGUAGUGAAAUAAAUGACAUCCGAGGUGUCCAUUCCAAGUCGGGACAUGGACAAUAAUCGACGAUUGAGGUUGCGUGUUGUCUUUCGCUGUUGCCUGCUUCGAUGUGCGUAACGAUAUUUUUGUACAAAAAUUAAUCGAGAAUUGAAAAACCGAUUUUUAUUAAUACAAAAUCAAUAUAGAUAUAUAUUUAUCGAAAAAACACGAUAAAUUGUUAAAUAUAUUUGUAUACCACUGUAUAAUGUAAUAAAUACUUUAAAUAUAUUUAAUAUUGUUUUUUGUAAUACGUAAAUUUUUAUUGUCGGGCAGUAUAUGUUGAAAAUACUAACCAUAAUAUAGAAAAAAAAAAGAAAACGACUUAUUGAAUGUAUUAUUAUUCACGUGAAUUGUAUUAUGUAAUAUCAAUAAAGAUGUUGU